UGGCUCUUGCACAUCACAGCCCAACUUCCUUUACAAGUAACAUUUCACUCAUGCCAACAACAAGAGGUCAGAAGCGCGACGCAGACAUGGAAGCCGCACUCAAAACAUUCUUCUCGUCACCACGUUUCGCUGUGGCAGGCGCAUCCUCUGACCCCUCCAAAUUUGGACACAGAGUGUUCGCAUGGUACCUCCAGCACUCCCUCCCCGCAACACCCAUCAACCCCCGCUCUUCCACCAUCUCUGUCCUCAACCGCGACCACACCACCGUCCCAUCACCGACCGCACUAUCAGACCCAGACGCCUCUUCUUACUCGUUGUCCAUCAUCACACCGCCGGCUGUCACCAAGCAGCUGCUGAAAGAGGCCAAGGAGGCUGGCGUGCCUGCUGUGUGGUUGCAACCAGGUAGCUUCAAUGAUGAUGUGCUGGUGUAUGCGCAAGCGAAUUUCAAAGCUGCGAUAGCUGGAGAUGGCGGGAGAGGUGGAGAGGGGUGGUGUGUGCUAGUUGAUGGGGAGGCGGGGUUGAAGGCUGCUGGGAGGGAGUGGUCAAGGUUGUAGGAUGUCGAGGAUUUUCAUUUAAUGACGCGUCAGUACCGGCGUUCAGUA